CUUCCCCCCUCCUCUUCCUCCCACCUCUUUCUUCUGCACGUUUUAUCGCUUGCGACUGUGCCUGUGCGGUUUCUCAUUGGGUUGUGUCCCUUGGACGGUGAAGGGGCUCGAGUGUCUUGCCUAUAGGAAUUGGCGGUGUUGAGCUGUCGAUAGGUGUGUGAGUGGUAAUUUUCUGUAUGAGUGGCCUCAUCAGAUGUUCCCUUAUCAGCUUCCUUUGUUUUUAUUGUUUCGAGGAUUUCUUUCUAUCCCUCUCUUUCACGGACCGCCAUUGUUCAAGCCUGUUUGUUCUGUGUGGAUCGUUAUCCGUCAUCUAUAUCUAUAGUCUUCCCUCCAAGCCGCGGAGACUUUGUGAUGCGAUUUUGUCCGGAAACUAGAGAUUGCAACCCACAUGAAGGAAAGAACAGUCAUGCUGACAGUUGGGCUCUUCUUUAGUCGCCCAUACAACCCUCAUACCCGCAAGGGUCCCACACUCUUAUCCUUUCAACGACAACAGUGCCUUGUAGCAGACACCAGUCUCUACAGCAGCAGCAAGUUGAUCCCGAAAAUGGACAGUGAUGACCUAGUCCCAGAAGCUGCGGCAGUUGAUGCAGAUGCUAGACUCGACAUGGACGAGUCUGCGUCUCGCGCAGAUGAUGCGGAUAGCGUCGGAUCAGUGCCUCCGUCUCCAAAAUUGUCGCGCAACCAUUCCUUCUCAAACAGCAGUUCCUUCCAGGAGGAUUGGGAGACGUUCCCGCCGCUCGAUAAACUCAGCGUGUUUGACUUGCUGGGCGACUUCGACUUGUCGCAAAGACUCGAGAAAUGGCACCAAACUAUAGCCGCGCAAAAGGAGAGAGUCAUGAAGCAGCGCGAGAAGCUAAAAUCCACUUCUGCAAGCGCCAAGGAUCGUGUCUUGGAUGAGUGGAAGCGCCGCGCCCCUACCGCUGAAGAGCAACUGGAGAAGUAUCGUCGACGGAUGAAGCAUGGCGUUGAACGGCUGGGCAAGCAAUGGCAUAAUACGGCUACCGUUACUGCCCGCGAGAAGGCGUCGUUUAUCGCUGGCGUGCUGAAUGUUUUCAUAAGUGGUUACCUGAUUGGCGGUUUCCCACAAUACUUCUAUAUCUGGUUCAGCGUACAGCUGCUCUACUUCAUGCCGAUCCGAUACUACCGGUACCACAAGAAGGGCUAUCACUAUUUCCUUGCGGAUCUCUGCUAUUUCGUUAACUUGCUCGCUAUGCUUAGCAUAUGGGUCUUCCCCAGCUCUAAGAGGCUCUUCAUCAGCACGUUCUGCCUUGCCUUUGGCAACAAUGCGGUUGCGAUCGCAAUGUGGCGGAACUCGAUGGUUUUUCACAGCAUGGACAAGGUAGUUAGUUUAUUUAUCCAUAUAAUGCCGCCUGCUACAUUCCACUGUCUUGUCCACUUGACGCCAGCAGAGAAAUUGAAGGAGAGAUUCCCGGCCAUCUACAACAUCAAAUUCAGUGAUCCCGGAUCCCCAGAGCAUUACUCACUGGGAGCCAUGGUGACCUGGGCGACCAUUCCAUAUGCUAUAUGGCAGCUGAACUAUCAUUUGUUCAUCACGGUUCGUCGCAGUGAUCAGAUCGCGGCGGGACGUCCUACUAGCUUCACCUGGCUCCGCAAAUCCUACGCAAAGAGCUGGCUCGGCAGACUCGUCCUGGGCCUUCCCGAAACGCUUCAGGAGCCCGCUUUUAUGUUGAUUCAGUACGCGUACGCGAUCUUGACGAUGUUACCAUGCCCCAUCUGGUUUUGGUCCAAAGUGGGUAGCUCCUUGUUCUUAUCUGCUGUUUUUGUUUGGAGUAUUUAUAACGGCGCAACCUACUACAUCGAUGUUUUCGGCAAACGAUUCCAAAAGGAGCUUGAGCAACUGAAGAAGGACGUCGCGCGAUGGCAAUCGUCUCCUGAGUUUGUGACAAGUCCUCCCUUAGCUCCCUCCUCUGCACCGACUGUGAGUGUCAACGGAACGAAUAAUUUAGCGGAGUCGGACAAAGCAAGUAUUGACCGCAUUCCUCCCCUGGAUUCCACCGCAGCUACAACUGGUGCGGAGAAUAAUAACCAUGCGAAUCCCUCUGAAGUCCGAGAGAGAGACUAAGCUACCUUCGUCUUUCGCGGGUUAAUUGAUCGUUUGUUGGUUUCUGGUCCUCUUGUUUUGGUUAUUAGCAUGUUGUUAGCGCUGUAUUGUGGAUGCACUUGGGCUAUUGCCACUAAUGAUGAAUGCUUUCCUUUCCUCAAUAAUAAUGAUGAAUAUAACCCCUCUUGAUAAUAUCUCGAA